AGUGCAUAGUAAAUAGCUGAUAGUGGACAGUCCGCGCAUAGUUAAUGUGAUAUUAUAAUAAAAUGUUUUCAAAGAUGAAGUUUUCGGUUAUAUUUAUCCUAACAAUUACAAAGCAACUAUUAGCAAGCCCCGUGAUGACGCGCCAAGGGCUUCUCCUGCAAGCCAAUAGAGAGCAGUUCUGCGCUAAUCUAAAACACUUCAACAAUUUCUACUACUCAUUCGAAGAACAGAGAAACGUAACAGGGACUCCAGCGGACAUGAGCAUCCAUUGGAAAACCGGGAACGUAUUUUACACGCUUAUAAGCGACGAAAUGAAGAUGAGUCUACAGGUUUUACACCCAAGCAACGAGUCAGAAAGGCUCAAAGUCGCCGGUCUCGGUCAGUCCACAUGCAUCGAUAACCUCAACGAUAUCGUCUACCUAGCGACAGAUAACGGUGUUUAUAAAUACAAAGACGACGGCUCCAACGAGCUGUACACCGCUCUCGGCGAAGACGUUAUGUACAUAGCUGUUACAAGUGAUGGAAUGACAAUGUAUAUCGCUACGUGGCCGCAAAAUCGCGUCCAUAAGAUAACAAAUGACGGUCAGAAGCAGGAGACAUUCGCGGCGAUCCCCAACGGGCACGGCUUGACAAUAGACCCCAGAAACAACAUGUAUUUUGUAGCCACAAAAACGCCGUACGUACUGAGGAAUGGACAAAGUAUACCUAUUAAAAUUAAAGGACUCCCGAGCGAUAGGAUGACUGGGGUGUUCGUAAGUCGUUCUGACGAAGUGUUCGCUAUGGAUGAGAACAGUAAUUUCUAUAGAAUUGAUGCUGAUAACGCUAAUGCACAGCAUUUAGGUACUUUUAACGUGAGUGGGGUUAAUACUUUCGCUCUGGACUCAGCUGACAACGUGUAUAUUGGGGUGAAGGGGGGUAUCCUGAAGUUUACAGCACACGAAACAAGUCCAUGUUCGGAGUUUCAGAAGUAAUGAUUUGUGUGUGUGACUAAUGAUGGAAGCACAUUAAAGGAAAAAGACAUAACAGACGCCGCAAACACAAAAGGACUACAACAUCUACAACUGAAGCGAAUUAUGAUGAUGAAAAAUAAUAAUUUUCGUAGAUAGGAU